AUGCUAUCUGAGACAUUUCCCGAGCAUAUCCUCGAGGAUUCCACGCGCCGGGAGAACCUUUUCGGCGAUCUUGCCAAAAUCAUGCUAUCUUUGAACCAAAAGCCCCUCUCUCAUAUUGGAUCUCUGACAUUCGACAAUCGCACCGUCCAUCUGAAAAAUCGACCUUUGACCCUUCGACUCCAGGCACUUGAGAAUGAAGGCAUUCCAACGUUCCCUAGAGAGACAACCUAUACGUCAGUGGAACCAUAUAUUCUCGAUCUUUUACACUGCCACAACAACCGUAUUCGUCACCAGCCGAAUGCUAUUCACAAUGUCAAAGACGGACAAGAACAACUCGCAGCACUGACCAUGAUGCAUGGCCUUUUGCAUCGCUUUGUUUCCCGGAAAUAUCGCAAUGGGCCAUUCGUACUGACACUCACGGAUCUCCACCCAAGCAACAUAUUCGUUGAUGAUGACUGGCAUAUCACCUCUCUUAUUGACCUGGAAUGGGCAUGUUCUUUUCCGAUUGAAAUGCAAACACCCCCUUACUGGCUAACCGGCCGCGCGAUUGAUACUAUGGAGCAUGGACCGCAUUUGGAAACCUUUGAUCAGGUUAUUACGGAGUUCAUGAACAUAUACGAAGAACAAGAAGCAAGCCUGACCGGGUCUACAUUUCAAGGACAAAUCAUGAAAGAGUGCUGGGCCAAGGGCAGCUUUUGGUAUUUCCAAGCGAUUCAUAGCCCGAAAGGACUUCUUCGCGUUUUUAACGAGCAUAUCCAGGGGCGAUUUUGUGAGGAACAUUGCACCCAAAGUAUCUUUGAUCGGGUAGUCAGCCCAUACUGGGGUGAAGAUGCUGAACACAUUCUUAACAAGAAGGUGAAGGAGAAGGCAGAGUAUGAAAGUCAACUCAAAAGCCGAUUUGAUAGCUGA